ACUUGUGGUGAGUAAUUGAAGUUUGGAGUUGUGUUGUGCUGCACUGCAGAUGAUCCUGUUCGUGUUUGUGUUUUGGUUUCAUGGCUUGCACAAGUGCUACACUCCCUUUGGCUUUCGCUCAAGUUCAGUGUCUUUCUCAGCGUCAAGUUUCCUUCGCUAAACUCCGUAACCGAAUCCUCGUGUUUUCUUCUUCUAAUUUAGCUUCGAGACGGUGUUCUAAUUCUAAGCUUGUUUGCACAAAAGCUGUUUCAACCGAUCCCCAAAACGCUCUGAGCGAAGAAAUUAUUGAAACUCGAAGUUCGGAGUUGAACAACGAUAGCCAAAGCUCAACAUCAUCGUCCAAAUUUGUCCUCGUUGUUGGUGCCUCAGGAGGCGUUGGGCAGUUAGUAGUUGCAUCACUGCUUCAGCGGAAUGUUAAGUCACGUUUGAUACUUAGGGAUCCGGAGAGAGCCACAGCACUGUUUGGCAAACAAGAUAAUGAGAAACUGCAGGUAUUCAAAGGAGACACAAGGAAGCAGGAUGAUUUGGAUCCAUCCAUAUUUGAGGGAGUCACACAUGUGAUUUGCUGCACAGGAACGACAGCUUUUCCUUCAAAGCGGUGGGAUGAUGAUAACACACCAGAAAGGGUUGAUUGGGUGGGAGUGAAGAAUCUAGUAUCUGCAUUGCCUUCCUCGGUGAAGAGAGUUGUUCUUGUGUCAUCAAUAGGUGUGACCAAGUUCAAUGAAUUGCCAUGGAGCAUUAUGAACCUAUUUGGUGUCCUUAAGUAUAAAAAGAUGGGAGAGGAUUUUCUUCGGAGUUCUGGUCUUCCAUUUACCAUAAUCAGACCAGGAAGGUUGACUGACGGACCAUACACUUCUUAUGAUCUCAAUACUUUGCUCAAAGCAACAGCUGGACAACGACGAGCAGUCCUUGUAGGUCAAGGAGAUAAACUAGUGGGAGAGGCCAGCAGAAUUGUGGUUGCUGAAGCUUGCAUACAGGCACUAGAUUUAGAAGUCACUGAAAACCAAGUAUAUGAAGUUAACUCUGUUGAGGGGGAAGGUCCUGGAAAUGAUUCUCAGAAGUGGCAAGAACUAUUCCAGGCUCCGCAGUCCUCCUAAGUGCACUUCCAAUCAACACGUAUACCAGUUCGAGGAAUGUAAAUGCAACUUAAUUAGUGACUACGACUUUAAAAUUAUUGUAUAUACUUUUUCAAUAUUGGAAGGUGAUUACAAAGUGAAUUGGAGCAACAAAAAAAAAAGGAACACAAUUUUAGCACCCUGUAGCCAAAAAAGAAAAAAAUGGCUAUAUCUAUAUUUUUUAGAGAGGGAAAUUUUAAAAAAUUUGAAGUUGAUUUUACAGGAGUUUUAUUAUACUCAAAGUUUAGUGGUUACUUAA